GGACAGAGCUGGGUUUUGUUUCAGCACUUUCCCCACUAAUCGUCUGAAAGUUUUCUUAAUGGAUAACCGGACGCAACAGACUCUUCUUAAACGGGUUUUUGUGAACGACGUGGACGCGUAUUCUUCAAGGCACAUCGCUGAGGUUUUAGCUAAAUGUGACGCUAGAGAGGAGUCGGAUGAUGACGGGGAAGCCGAGGAGAGCGCCUCUCCCCGGCAGGAACCUGCCUUCCUGGUUCUAGGAACGGUGUCCUCCUCCUCCAGAGAACGCCUGCAGUUUCUGCACCAGCAGCAUGAGUCCCCAGCCAGAGAAGAGCUUUUUCAGCUGCUGCUGGAGUGUGAUGUGGUGGUGUACAACAUCACUGAAAGUUCAACGCAACAGCAAGUUGAAGAAGCAACAUGGGCAGUAACAGCCCUACAGGAGGAGAUGCAAAACUUCCCAUCCCGCAAAUGUUUCAUCCUCAUCUCCUCAGUGAUGACUUGGGCGAUGACCAAGCCUUCAGAUCCAGACAACCCAGAAGCCCCUCGCUCAGAGGAAGAGUACAUCCGACGAAGGCCUCAUCCCAGUUUCAGGAACCACAAUAAUCUGGAAAAACUCGUUCUCAAAUUGCCCAGAGGCAAAACCUCUAAGCUCAAAGGUUAUGUAGUAGGUGCAGGACUUCAGUAUGGAAUGGGCGAGAAUAUCUUUCACUACUUUUUUAAGGUUUCAUGGUUGAUGCAGGAAUCAAAGAUUCCCAUAUUUGGAAGUGGCACAAAUCAUAUUCCCAUGAUUCAUGUUUGCGACCUUGGACGAGUGAUCCAAAGCCUCAUUAAGCUGAGACCAAAGGCAAAGUACAUCCUUGCCAUUGAUGAUUCCAAGAACACUUUAGAGGAAAUUGUAAAGGCAAUUAGUGAUGUGCUUGGGCCAGAAAAAGUCUACAAGUUACCUCUGGAGGACGCCGUCACCAUGAAAGCCUUUAAGCCGGAGGAGCUGGAUUGCCUUAGCAUCAACCUGCGCUUCGAUGCUUCUAUUGUCAACGACACGUUCGGCUUUGACUGGACAUGCAAAGAAGGGAUGGUGGAAAACAUGAAGAGCAUCGCAAAUGAAUACAAACACACAAGGAAGCUUAUUCCAAUUAAAAUCUGCCUGGUUGGCCCUCCGGCCGUGGGGAAGACGACUGUUGCCAACAAGCUCUGCCAGCACUACAAAAUCCACCGCAUUGACAUCAACAGCAUGAUCGAGGAGAAAAUGGCUCAACUGAGGGAGACGAUAAAUGGAGCCGAUCUUGAUGACAAUAGUGAAGAGGCAGCGGCUGCUGCACAGCAAGAACUGGAACUUAUUAACCAGAGCAUGGAAAAUAAUCAAGGUCAGCUGGCUGAGGAUCAGCUGUUUGACAUUUUACGAGAAAAACUGUAUUCUAAGCAAUGUAGUAACCAAGGGUUUGUUCUUGAUGGCUUCCCUGAGACGUCUGAGCAAGCGAAGAAGAUCUUCUCUGAAGAGGAACCAGAGAACAAGGAUCCAGAAUUGAUGUCCAAAAUACCACGGUACAACAAAGUCAUCACCCCAGAGCACGUAUUCGCCUUGGACGCAUCAGAUGAUUUCCUAAAAAAGCGAGUACAAGACGUUCCGGAAAGCAUGGCUGAGAAAAUGUGCUACACACAGGAGGAAUUUGUUCCUCGCCUGGUUCGCUACCGGCAACUUUUCAGCACCAAGGAAACGUUGUUGGACUUUUUUGAUCACCGGGAAAUUCACCCAGAACAUAUAGAGAUCAGCUCCGAUGAUUUGGAGUACACAGGUGUUAUGAAGAAGAUAACAGAGAUUGUGGGGAUACCCAAGAACUACGACGCGUGUCCGGAGGAGCAGGAGGGGGAGGACCAAAGGAGAGAGGAGGAGAGAAAGCUGAAACUGGCUGCAGAGACUGCCGAGAGGAAAAGGCGGAAGGAGGCUGCGCUGGCUGAGAUGACGGCUCAUUAUGAGGAGUGGAAGAUGAACCUGCUAGUGGUGAAGCAGCAGGAGUCCGAGCUGCUGGAAGCUAAAGCGCUUCCGCUCAGAAACUACCUGAUGAAGUACGUGAUGCCUUCCCUGAGCGAGGCCAUGGUAGAGUGCUCCAAAGUCAGGCCAGAAGACCCCGUCGACUUCCUGGCUGAACAUCUUUUACGGAACAACAAAGAAGACUGAAUGACAUCUCACAACCUUUACACUCAUAUCUAAACGUACAUGGACAAAUUGUGAUGACUUGUUUGUGCGGAAUCACUCCAACUCUUCAGAUUGAAUGUUUAGAAAGUUUGUGGACUUCUAAUCAUAAAAGUUAAUCUUGAUUUAAUAAAAGCAAGCUCAGUGU